CCAGCACUCACACUGCUGCUGUUGGCAGUGGCAGGCAUGGCUGCCGACGACCUCCAACCUGAAGUCGAACAAAUACAAGAGGGACGGUUCCUGGUCGGACUUAAGGCAACGAAAACAUCACUUUCACUCGCCUUCUCGACCUCCACUCAGACGUGUUUCCCACUUACAGCUACCACCACCACCACCACUACAACAGACGAUCGCCGUGGGUUUCGUCGCUCUGCACGAAAACAAUUCAAAACCAAGAUUGCGGAACUACCCGUUAUGGCGGCGGAUGAACUUGCAGGGUCUCUGCUAGAAGACUACUUUCCAAUUGAGGACAGGGGCGGGAAGUUUCUGAAACUCCUCCCGGCUAUAACUUUUAAUUAUAUAACUCAGUCAACAACCACUAUCCUUUCUGUAUCAACGACCGUCCUCAACGCACAGCAGUUCAGUUCCUUCUUCAAUAAUCUCCCGAACGGCGUCUUCACGGCAUGCGUUGCUGGAUGAAAAUGAGGGAAAUGAUGAGAUCUUCGGCGCUGUGCAACUUUAAUCACAGUAUUUAUCCACACAGCUUGGUUCAAGUAACCCGAUCAUAUUGCUUUUCAUUCACAGGAUAAGGUACUAACCAGUUUUUUACUGCAAAUAUAGUUGCUUAAGUU